AUGUAUCCCAACCCGAUGCUUCACAGUUACUACCAAAGAUGUCAAAGCACUAUUCCCCGGAGAGCUAUGAACCGAAUGAUAGACCAAGCGAUGCUUAAAGAAUCGGAUUGCCGAGAGCUAGAUCCUCCGAUCCUCAGACUGAGGUCAAUGAAUCCACAAUGCUACGCUCCUCACGUGGAUGUAACACGUGCCCGAUGUUCCUACGGCAGGUUGGCUCUCCCGAAAUUGAGAAAGGAACUGCGCAGCGGACAUCCCCUAAUCGUGAGGCAAGCGGUCAACACUAUUUCCGAUCUGAUCCGGGAUCCCGAAAACGCUAUGGAAGCGAUAAAACAUCGAAUACCCGACAGACUCGCAGAUCUUUUGGUUAGCGAUGAUUCGUUUCUUCGCGAAAGAGUAACGAUGAUUUUCACUUCGUUGGCAAGCCAUUCUGGCGGUGGAGAAGCAAUUACUGAAAAUCCAUUGAUAAUUUUCAACCUUGUGAAAAAUUUGACCGAUCGUCAUAAUUGCAUCAGAUUAAGAGCGGCCGAGGCUAUAGAAAUGCUGUCUAGAGAUUGGAGAACUGCAGAGGUUCUUUGUGUCUAUGGGUUUGUCGAUUUAAUCAUUGAUCGCAUAACGCUAGAAACGAAAGACGUUCUAGUACAUUUUCUGGAAACUCUGAAAUCCCUCCUGAACAGGGAUAACGUCAAGGUCCACGCAAUUGAGAUCGGUACAAUGGAGAAACUCGUUAUUCUGCUACAGCGAAGGGACGAAGAAGUUUUGGCGGGUUGCCUCGAAUGCCUAAGAAUUUUAUGCGGCGAACCGAUUGGCAAACAAAAAUCAAUCGACAUGGAUCUGUUGGUUAUACUGAAACCAUUUAUCGAAGACGAGCGGAGAGCUGUUCACGCUAAAGCGGCAGGCGUGGUCGCAUUUUCCACAAUAACAACACAAGGAAAAUUGCGAGCAUUAGAUCUGCACAUGAUUGGUCGCCUCUUGGAAUUAGCUGCUGAUUUUCACUGCAGAGAACUUCAGAUAAUGGCCUUCAAGGCAUUGACGAAUAUUGCUGAAGUACCCAAAGGACGAUGUAUGAUGUUCAGGUGCCAUAAAAUCUUCAUCGAAAACAUUGAUACGUGCAAAGAUGAAACCACUCAAAGGCACAAAGAAAUUUUGCUAAAAACUAUUGACUGGCAACCCUGA